AGUCGUGCGCGUAAAUUCCACCGAUGGAGAGCGUUGAAUCUAUGAUCCGCGUCUUCUAUUAGUGGAUUUCAGCAUGUACAUCAAACAGAUCAUUAUUCAAGGGUUCAAAAGUUACCGAGAGCAGACGGUGACUGAACCAUUCGAUCCUCGUCACAACGUCGUCGUUGGUCGCAAUGGAUCGGGAAAGAGCAACUUCUUCCAAGCAAUUCAAUUUGUUUUGAGUGAUGAAUUUAGCCAUCUCAGGCCGGAGCAGCGCCAAGCUCUUCUUCAUGAAGGAACGGGUCCUAGAGUUAUUACCGCUUUCGUGGAAAUUAUUUUUGAUAACUCGGAUCAGCGACUUCCGAUUGACAAAGAUGAGGUAUUCAUUCGUCGCGUCAUUGGUUCCAAGAAAGAUCAAUAUUUUCUGAACAAGAAAAUGGUAACUCGCACGGACAUCAUGAAUCUUCUUGAAUCUGCUGGAUUCUCGCGUUCGAACCCGUAUUACAUUGUCAAGCAAGGGAAGAUAAAUCAAAUGGCGACAGCCCCCGAUUCACAUAGAUUGAAACUUCUUCGUGAAGUCGCGGGUACUCGUGUUUACGAUGAGCGUCGUGAAGAAUCAAUGGUCAUCCUUCGUGAAACAGAGGGAAAACGUGACAAGAUUGAAGAGUUUUUGAAAACUAUUAUGGACCGCUUGUCAACGCUGGAAGAAGAGAAAGAAGAGUUGAAAGAAUAUCAAAAAUGGGACAAGACCAGACGCUCAUUGGAGUACACUAUCCAUGAUCGAGAGCUGAAGGAUACUCGCACGAAAUUAGAGCAGAUGGAAACACAGCGGAAGGACAGUGGUUCUGAACAGGAAAAAAUGCGAGAACAGUUGGUAGAGGCGGGUGACCAAGCGAAGGUUGCUGCGAAAGAAGUUCGAGAGUGCAAAAGUAAACUGACGGCUGCCAAAGAGGAGCGUGAUCAAUUCAACACAGAGUAUCAGCAAUUGUUGAAAGAUAAGACGAAAUUAGAAUUCCAAAUAAAAGACUUGGUGGACGAAGUGUCUGGAGACAAUAAAUCUAAGGAACGUGCAGAGAAGGAGCUCGCGAAGCUGAAAGAAACUAUUGCACUGAAAGAGGAGGAGUUUCAGAAAUUGAAACCGCAAUACGAAGAGCUCAAGCGCAAGGAAGAGGAAUGCACAAGAGAACUUGCCCUGAAAGAACAGAAGCGGAAGGAGUUGUAUGCGAAGCAGGGUCGUGGUAAUCAGUUCACCACGCGAGAGGAGCGUGACACAUGGAUCAGAAAGGAAUUGAAAUCCCUUAAUAAAGCCAUCAGAGACAAGAAAGAGCAGAUAGAGCGACUCACGGAAGACUUGAAAAAUGAUGGGGAGAAAAUGGUUCAGUUGGAGCAGAAUAUUCAACAAGUGACCAGCGACAUGGAAACGCAUCGUUCGAGUAUAGAUGACCACAAUAAGGGUUAUUACGACAUGAAGAAGAAGAAAGAUUCUCUGCAAGCGGAGCGAAACGAUCUGUGGCGUCAAGAAAACAAGCUCCAACAGGAAGUGGCGACACUAAAGGAAGAUAUGGCAAAAGCUGAGCAAAGUCUUCGGUCUAUGGUCGGAAAGCCCGUGCUGAACGGUCGAGAUUCUGUGCUUAAGGUCUUGGAGUUCUUCAAGUCUCGUAGUGGUGGUGGGCAGUGGGCUCGGUUGCCCGAUCAGUACUUUGGUCUCGUCAUCGAAAAUUUCGACUGUGACAAGUCGAUUUAUACAGCCGUUGAAGUGACCGCAGGCAACAGGCUCUUCUUCCACAUUGUGGAGAGUGACCAAGUUGGUACGCAGAUACUGAAAGAAAUGAAUCGACAAAAGCUUCCAGGCGAGGCGAAUUUCAUGCCGUUGAAUAAAUUGCUCGUCAAAGAGAUCGACUACCCUCAAACACAGGACGCGCUGCCCAUGGUUUCAAAGCUGAAUUUCGACGAUAAAUUCAGCAAGGCUUUCAUUUACAUUUUUGGCCGCACUCUGAUAUGCAGGAAUUUGGAAGUUGCCACAAAUCUUGCACGAUCGACUAGACUCGAUUGCGUGACGUUGGAUGGGGAUCAAGUUUCCAGCAAGGGAUCGUUGACUGGUGGCUAUUUUAACAAGUCCAGAUCUCGUUUGGAAAUCCAGAAAAGUCGGUCAGAUCUCAUGAAUCAAGUGAAAGAAGCGGAAGAAAACCUUUCUGCUUUACGAGGAAAAUUGUCUGGCGUAGAGAGCAGCAUUAAUCAAAUUGUGUCCGACAUGCAGAAAACAGAAACAAAAAACUCCAAAGCAAAGGACUUCUUCGAUCGUAUGAAGGCGGAUAUCCGAUUGAUGCGUGAAGAGUUAAAUGCGAUUGAACGAUCCAAAAAUCCAAAAGAACGUUCUUUAAACCAACUCAAAGCAUCUCUGGAAGGCAUGCAAACCACGCAGGAAGGCCUGGAAUCCGAAUUGCAUCAGGAAUUACUCCCUUCAUUGUCUGCGGCUGAUCAACGAGAAGUCGAUAAACUGAACGAUGACAUCCGCACGCUUACUCAGGCGAACAAGGAAGCCUUCGCUCACCGAAUGAAACUGGAAGCGGAGAAAAAUAAACUUGAGAAUCUGCUUUCCAAUAAUCUUAAUCGUCGUAAAGACGAGUUGGUCCUCGCCCUCCAAGAAAUUUCGGUCGAAGACAGAAAGCAGCAACUUGACAACUGUAAUAGCGAGUUGAAGACCGUAGAAGCGAGCGUAGAAAGCGUACAAAGCCAACUGAAAGCGCUGGACAAGAAGCUUCAAGACCUUUCGAAAAAGCACAAAUCAGCUCAAACCGAACUCGACAAGUGGAAGUCGCGAGAAAAGGAAAUAUUAGGUCGAAUGGAAGCGGAUGCAAGGGAUUUAGAGAAAAUGGCCUCCAAGCAAACGUUGUAUCAGGACAAAAUCUCCGAAUGUACCCAAAAAAUACGAGACCUCGGCUCGUUGCCGUCAGAAGCAUUCACGAAGUACCAGAAUCUCACCACGAAGCAACUUUUCAAGCAACUUGAAAAGGCUAACACUGAGUUGAAGAAAUAUGGACAUGUCAAUAAGAAGGCAUUGGAUCAAUUCGUUUCCUUUUCUGAGCAAAAAGAAACGCUUCUUGCUCGGAAAGACGAAUUAGAUCGGGCUCACGAGUCGAUCCAGCAACUGAUGCAAACACUAGAGCAGCGUAAAUAUGAAGCCAUUCAAUUCACUUACAAGCAAGUCAGCAAGUAUUUCGGGGAGGUUUUCAAGCAGCUUGUUCCUGCUGGAAGUGGUCAACUGGUUAUGCGCACGGCGUCAAAGAAGGACAAAGAUGACGAAGAAGACAAUGAAGAGUCAUUUGACAACUUUACGGGUGUGGGGAUUCGUGUGAGCUUUGUUGGGACCCGGGGGGAGAUGCGGGAAAUGAACCAACUGUCUGGUGGUCAGAAAUCAUUGGUGGCUCUGGCACUCAUUUUUGCUAUCCAGAAGUGCGAUCCGGCGCCGUUCUAUUUAUUUGAUGAAAUUGAUCAGGCCCUGGACGCUCAGCAUAGAAAAGCAGUGGCUGAAAUGAUACACGAGCUUUCCAAAAACGCUCAGUUCAUCACCACGACUUUCAGACCAGAACUGCUCGAGUCUGCCCGGAAAUUCUACGGUGUUAAAUUCCGAAAUAAGGUGAGCCACGUAGAAUGCGUGUCCAAGGAGGAAGCUGCAGACUUCGUAGAAGACGACGCUCAGCAUGCGUGA